AGGGGGACAGAGGGUGCGCUGCUUCGCACUGCGUGGAAUCAGUGCCUCAGUGCGUCGAGAAUAUGCCGCACAUAUCCCUGGAGUGAUUAGCAGGAUUGUUGCCUGGUCCCGCGUAUGAUUCCCACUGGACUGCACUGGUCAUAAUUGUGGCCUGCCCCGCGGUGACGCUGCUCAUGGGCGUCGCGGAGCGUGGGUGAACCUCGGAGGAUACUAGCCAUGGCGAGUGGAGGUUGUGGCGCGGUGCUGCCUCUCUGGUAUGUUUGUUUUCUCGUGCUGGGUUUGGCGCAGUUUGGAGCUGGUCAGCGGAUUCCCACCACGCUCGAUGGCCCUUUCACGCCCCGGACUGUGGAGUUUGAUUCGUCCCUGCGGCGAGGGAGCGUCGACUUGCUGCCCACGGACCCGCGCGUGGCGAAGACCGUGGUGGGAGAUGCCCCCGAACAGAUCGCAUUGGCGCUCUCGACGCCGGAUGCUAUGUGGGUCUCUUGGGUCACCGGCGAUGCUCAGAUUGGCUCGCAAGUGACCCCGCUUGACCCCUCGACUGUCGGCAGCACGGUGCGCUACGGUCUUGCACCCGGCGUUUACACGUUUGAAUCUCCCCCUGGAACAUCGCUGGUGUAUUCGCAGCUCUACAACUUCCCUGGGCUUCGCAACUACACCUCGGGAAUCAUCCACCACGUCAGGCUUACUGGUCUGCAACCCAACACGCGUUAUUACUUCCAGUGCGGGGAUGCUGCCACAGACACUUUCAGUGCCGAGCACAGUUUCACGACACUUCCGCUACCAAGCCCUAGCGCGUACCCGGCGCGAAUUGCAAUCGUUGGCGACCUUGGCCUCACGCACAACUCAAGCACCACGCUUGACCACAUCAUCCAGAACGACCCCUCGCUGCUCUUGAUGAUCGGUGACUUAAGCUACGCGAAUCAGUACUUGACGACCGGCGAGAGCGCCCCUUGCUACUCCUGUGCAUUUCCGGAUUCUCCCACUCGGGAGACUUACCAGCCGCACUGGGACGACUGGGGCAGGUUUAUGCAGCCAUUGAUAUCAAAAGUGCCGAUGAUGGUGAUCGAAGGCAACCACGAGAUUGAGCCUCAAGCUGGUGGGAAGUCGUUCGUUGCGUACGAGUCACGAUUCUCCGUUCCAUCUCAAGAGAGUGGCUCGAACAGCAAGUUAUAUUACUCGUUCGACGCUGGCGGCAUUCACUUCGUCAUGCUUGGAGGAUACGUCGAUUACAACAUGACGGGAGCGCAGUAUGCGUGGUUGGCAAGGGACUUGGAGAGUGUGGAUCGUAGUGUCACGCCGUGGUUGGUUGCACUCUGGCACCCCCCGUGGUACAACAGCUACAGCUCGCAUUACCGGGAGUUCGAGUGCAUGAGACUUGAAAUGGAGGAGUUGCUUUACUCCUACAAAGUGAACAUCGUCUUCUCGGGUCAUGUUCAUGCGUAUGAGCGAACAAAUCAAGUGUAUAAUUACACGUUGAAUCCCUGUGGACCUGUGUACGUGACGGUCGGAGACGGCGGCAAUAUUGAGGAAGUGGAUGUGGCGCACGCGGACGACUCGGGUUUGUGUCCUGGGCCGGGGGAUAACGUGCCCGAGUAUGGCGGAGUGUGUCGUUCUAAUUUCACUUUCGGGCCUGCUGUGGGGAAGUUUUGCUGGGACCGGCAGCCCGAUUGGAGCGCGUUUCGGGAGAGCAGCUUUGGUCACGGAGUUCUGGAGGUGGUGAACUCCUCUCACGCGCUCUGGACCUGGCAUCGGAACCAGGACAUGUAUAAGGAAGCCGUUGGCGAUCAGAUAUACAUUGUGCGGCAACCGGACGGGUGCCCAUAUAGCAGCAUGAAGAAUUACCGUGACAGAAAGUUGCCGGUGGGGCCCGAAUACCAACAACAUACUUAAAUGGUUUAGUUUUGACAUUAAACUGCCAUCUUAAAAGUGCGCCCUACUCUGUAGCGGUGUAAGAUCUAGUAUAUAUUCAUACAUAUUAGCUGCGUAUGAUAAUUUUGCUCCAAUCCAGAAUUGCGCAACUACAAUAUAAGUUUUUGUAUAUAGCAUGUAAAGACAUUCUCAUUUGUCUAAACACUGCACAGAUAAUGUUCAGAGACGAGCAAUGGUGGCAUAUCACGAAUGCUCAGAGACAUGGCGGAAAAUUGAUAUUCGAUGAUAACUGAAUAAAGAAAAGAAAAAAAAAAAAAAAAAAAAAAAAAAAAAAAACUGAGACAAAUUUUGAGUAGGCUUGAAAUUCAGUUGGGUGAUUCUUCUCUGGUGUCGAAACUGCGGUAGUAGCCCUGUUCUUUGGGAUAGAGGAUCUCUUGGAGAACAAGGACGGAGGCCUUCAAGGCUUCGCACGCUUGCGGAGGCUUUCUGUUUCCUAUGCGAUUUGAUCCUGUGCUGGAGGUUGAGUAAUGGGGGAUUGAUCAGAAAUUCGUUCCCUCUUGCGAGCAUCAGAAGGCAUGGAAGAGUGCUUCCGAAAAUUUAAUGGCAGUAGGCUGUGGAGAAAUUGCUGGUGUCAGAUUACACACAAAACCAUAUGUGUUAGAUUUCAUUCUGCUGCCCUUGCAGUUGGGCUGAAUUUAUAUCAGGAGGUAGAAAUGGAGGUGAAGAUCCGCCGAAGGAGAAGAUCAGGCUCUCGUCGGCAAGUUCCGCAAAUCCCAUAAGCUCCAUCAACGAUAUUGGUUACCUCAGUGGCCAACCGCAGGUCGAAAGAGAACACGAGUGAUGUAAAGAAAGUAGAACCAUCACGAAGUAUAGCAAAAUCUAUGACGGUAAUAUUUAAAUUUCUAAUCGAAGGGAGGCUUUGUGAGUUUUACUUGCGUA